AUGCCGCGUAUCCUCUACGUUACUGGCUUCCACCCCUCUACCCGUGCUCGUGACCUUGCUCACGAGUUUGAACGCUAUGGCCCUCUGAUCCGCUGCGACGUCCCUGCGCCACGCAACGCCCAUACGACUUCGAACCCCUACGCCUUCGUCGAAUUUCGCUCGUCCCGGGACGCCGACGAUGCUCACUAUGAAAUGCAUGGCCAUUAUUUUGAGGGUUCGCGGCUCCGUGUACAGUGGGCUAAGCACCCUCCUUCUUCAGCUUGGCGCCCUGAGCGGCGCUCGCCUCCCCGUCGUCGCUCGGACCGCGAGCGUUCCCGCAGCCCACGCCGUGACCGCAGCGACCGUGGCGACCGCGACCGUCGCAGCCGCUCCCCUCGCCGCGACCGCGAACGCUCGCGCUCACCCCGCCGCCGCUCAGCGACUCCCGACCGCGACUCCCGCCGCAAGGACCGCGAUGACCGUGACCGCGAGCGCAGCCCCCGCCGCGACCGUGACGACGACCGCGAGCGUACCCGUGGCGACGACCGUGACGUUGACACCAAGGUCGAGGACGUCGACGCUCCCAAUGGCCACGCCUCACCCGAGCCGGUCAAGGACGAGCCCAGCCAGAUGUAA